AUGUUUGUACACGAUCAGAUCAAAGUACCCCCAGCAGUGAUUGCAAAUUCAACAGGCCAGCAAAGUACGGCGACGACAACCUCGUCAACUGUUUCCGCCGAGACAACAUCAAGUGAAGCUAGCGCUACAAUCAACCCAUCAAGUCAAUCUACAACCAAUUCUCCAUCAAGUGAGGCUACAACAAAUUCGCAUAGUACAGAUACAAGUGAUGAUACACCACCAAACUUUCAGCCAAUACAAUGCAAGAAAGCAGAGGAAAUCCGAUUGAAAAUAGGAGACUUUGAAACCGAGCCAGGACCAGAGUAUUCAAAACAAAUUGGUGUCAAAGUGUGGACAUCAAGUUUGUGGAGAUGA